UUGGCAGCACUGUUCACUUUCAAACAAAACGGUUUUAUGUUUUCAUUUUUUUUUCUCUCCUCUUGUUAAUAUUUAAAACAAUAAACAAUAAUUCAACAAUUAAUUGUCAACUUUGAGUAAUUAAUUUGGUAACAAAAAAAUGAAGUUAUUAUUUAAACAAAUAACUUUACCAAUUUUAAUUGGUAUUUCAUUGUCAGGCAUUAGUGUUGGUGUACUUUAUUUUCUCUUAAAAAAGGAUGAAAAUGAUUCGAAAAAUUCAAUUAGAACAAAAUCAAAAAAAAGAGAUCAAGUACUUUUGGAAGUUCCUAUACUAAGACAAUUUAUACCAAUGAUUAUUGGACGUGGUGGACAAACAAUUAAAAAUAUUGAAAGUAAUACAUCAACAAAAAUAAAUUUUGCUGAAGAUAAUGUUGAAAAACCAACUCGUGUUUGUUAUAUACGUGGUGAACAAGAGGGUGUUAAAUUAGCUGAAGCAAUGAUUAAAAAUUUAAUUAACAAUCAGCCAUUAGUCACUAAUUAUGAUUUAUAUGUGCCAACAAAAUUUUAUUCAAUUAUGCAAGCUGAUAGAUGUCAAAUGGCUAAUGAUAUUCAAGCAAUAACAAGAGCUAAAAUAAUAUUGGAUAAAAAUUCAAGUCCAAAUGAUGAUGAUCAACGAAGAUUAAUUAUCGUAGGAACAAAAGAACAAAUAAAAAAAGCAACUGACUUGAUUGAAGAUAAAAUUGAAGAAUUUAAUUUAGCUAAAAAAAAACUAGAAGCUGGACAAUUAUCACGACCAGUACGUGGUAAAAAUUCAAGAAGAAAUUCAGCUGUUAGUCAAACAGAGGCUCAAGUUCAUUCUGAAGAUAAAUUGGAUAUACAUGAAGGAACUAUGGAAGUUUAUGUAAGUGCUGUUACAACACCAAAUCAGUUUUGGAUUCAAGUUGUUGGUACAGGUACUUUAGCUCUAGAUGCACUUGUCAAAGAGAUGACAAGUUAUUAUGAAAACCAAGAAAAUCAAGAGAUGCACAAUUUAAAAGAUAUAACACAAGGUCAAAUAGUAGCAACAAAAUAUACUUUUGAUAACAAAUGGUAUCGUGGUGAAAUAAUGGACAUUAAAGAUGAUGAUAAAUACGAAGUAUUUUUUCUUGAUUAUGGUGAUCAUCAAAUUGUCAAACGUGAUUCAAUCAUGGAGCUAAGAACUGAUUUUUUAAGUUUAACUUUUCAAGCAGUUGAAUGUUGUGUUGCCAAUAUUAAUCCAAUAUCUAAAACAUGGAGUAAUGAUGCAAUAACAGCAUUUAUGGAUUUAACAUGGUGUGCUGAUUGGAAAGUGUUAAUUGCCAAAGUUCGUAGAUACAAAGAGCGUACAUCAGGUGUUGGUUGUUCACGUAGAGAAGGAUCACCAAUACCUUGUGUUGAUUUAUAUGAUAAAAAUGAUGGACAAGAUAUUAAUGUAGGAAAACAAAUGGUUGAUGAUGGCUAUGCUGUAGUGGAAUCAGAAGGACUUUGGUCAACAUCAAGUUCAACAAUUUCAUUAUCUCGACGAAGUCAUGAAGGUUCAUUAAGUCCCACACCAAUAAAAUCUGAUAGUAACAAAAAUACAACAAUGUUGGAUAAUGAAACACCAGAAAAAUUAAAAAAAUCAAAGGUCAUUGAACAUGUUGAUCUUGUUACACCAAAGAAGUCAUAUGACAAUAGUGUUAUUGAAGAAAUUGACUUAGUAACACCAGUAAAAUAUUCUUCUCAACAAUUGAUUGAAGCUGAGAAAGAACAAAAUAUAAAGGAUAAUAAAAUUUAUAAUAAAGAUAGUGAUAAAAUUGAAUAUUCAACAAAUGGAAAUUCACAAUGGAAGCCAACAUCAAAUGCAAUACCAGGUGGUAUGGAGUUUGAGGAAGAAUCAGUGGAAUCUGAAAUGGAAAUUUUCUAAUGCUUCUUCAAAAGCUACCUUUAUAUUUUUUAUUUUAUUAUUAUUUAUUUUUCUUUUCAUUUUCAUAAAAAAAAGUAUGUAUUGUCAAGGUCAUCCACGUGUUGCGUAUUUUAUUUAUUUAUUUAUUGGAAAUAAAUGUUGGAUGCCCUUGAUAUACAAAGUAUUUUUUUUUUUUUAUCACUUAAAUUGAUAUUGAGAUAGAAAUAUUUUCUCGCUAAUGUAUAACUGUAUUCUACACGUG